AUUCACUGUUUCCUUUUUGUCCUUGUGUGUUUUUUUAAUGAACGUGUUUAAAUGUAGGAUUUAUAUUACUCUGCUCCUGGCUUAACUACACUCACCACCUCCAUCUCUGACGGGUCAUAGGAAUAACUUCCUCCAGCCAUGGAAGUUGGCACAGUUGUGCAAGAAGAAAUGAAAUUUCGUGGAGUUGAAUUUGCUGUAAAAGUGGAAUUGCAAGAUCGAUUACUUAUAGUAGAGAUUUCUGAUGUGAUGACGGCAGACCAGUGGAGAGGAGAGUUUGAUCCUGCCUAUAUUGAAGACCUCACCCGUAAAACUGGGAAUUUCAAACAGUUUCCUAUAUUCUGCAGCAUGCUUGAGUCUGCUGUUAGUAGGUCUAGUGAGUCAGUGACGCUUGACCUGCUGACCUACUCGGACCUGGAACUUCUGCGGAACAGGAAGGCGGGUGUAGUUGGCCGGCCUCGUGCCCAGCAGCAGUCUCCUGCUCUCAGUGCUAAACGCUACCUCAUUCUAAUCUACACUGUGGAAUUUGAUAGGAUACACUACCCUCUACCACUGCCGUAUCUUGGAAAGCCUGAUCCUGCAGCGCUCCAAAGAGAGAUCAGAGCUCUAAGGGCUGAACUGAAUGCCUUGGGGAAGAGAGGAGACCACAUAGUAUCAGACCAAGAGACCCGCAGACUACGUGCGGAGUUGGCUCUGGUCAGGGAGGAGAAAGAUGCACUGGCCAAAGCUCUGGAGCAGCUGCAGAUGGUUGAGGCUGGCUCUGCCCCUGGGGCUCGCGGGCUCAGAGAAGCAGUGCGCAGCCUGGAGGAGCAGCUGUUAAGAGAGAGAGCAAAAAGCCAGCGCUCAGCCACCAAGAGGGGACAGGAGCAGCGCCACCUCAUGGAACAGUUGGAGGAGCUUAGAGCCUCAGAGAGAGCUCUUCGGAUACGUGUGAAGAGUCUGACUACUGAGUUGGCCUUGUUGCGCCGAGGCAGGAUGACUCCGGUUUUGUCAGGCCGGAGUGGGUCUAGGGGUGAAGGGGAAUUUCACCGAUCGGCCUCCAGGGAGCGCAGUUUAACUCGAGUUGGGGCGAGGGCUCGCUCAGGGUCCAGAGAGAGGGUGGAGGAUAGGAGCAGGAGGUCAGAGGAGAGAGGGAGAAGGGCAGACUCUUCAGGAGCACGGAAUUACAUAUCAAGACCCUCUCCAUCUCCAACAGGGUCUCGGGGGCGGUUUGACCCAACAGCAUACAUUCAAGAGAGGCAACGACGCCAAAGAGAAGCAGAACUGAAGAACCAAAGGAAGGUCAGGAGGGACAUGUUGGCAUCACCGGCUUUGAAUGAAAGGGGACGUUCGCGGUCCAGAGAGCCCAUUCCUCAGUUGAUCAGAGGGGGGAGUGCAGGUCGGGGCAGGAGUCUAUCUGUGGAGAGCAGAAGGAGUCAUCACUCUUCUGAAAGCUCGAUUGCUGACUUUGAAGAACUUGCUAAGCCCCUGAAUAGCAGAGGCAGAAAACUGGUUUAUAAUGGUCCGAGUAUGACCAGAGGAAAACACUUGAACAAAAAGCCAAUGUGUAGCACUCCAACACAAAGAGUGAGGGAAAGUUCCAUGGACACGGGAGCCGACCUGUCGGAGAUUGAUGCCCGCCUCCAGGCCCUGCAGGAAUACAUGAGAGACUUGGACACAGGGCACUAACUUUGCGCAGUGAUUGACUUAUUUUUGAGUUUUAUUGCACAAGCUGGUGUUCAUCAGCAUGAACAAUCAUUUUUUUUAGAACACUGUUCAAAUACAGAUGCAACUACUACAAGACAACAACUGUUUCAAGCUGUAUAUGAUCAUUCACAUGAGAUGAAGGCAACAACAGACUUACUAUUUGAUGCCAUAAAUAAUUAACACUCUGUUAGCCCCCCUGCUUAAACUGUGAAACUUGGACUUGCAAUUCAAAAGACUGUUACUACAUCAGACUUGAAGGACCUAGAGGUGAAACACGAAAGAGACUGAGAUUUGUACAUGCCAUGUGUGUGAAUUCGAGGUUAGCAUUAGAUACCUUUUGACAGCUUUUGUAUAACUUGAUGACUCCCAAAUUUUUACAAUUUUGAGAUUCUGAAAAUUAUUUUUGUAUGAAAUUGUUCUUCCUCUGCCUUCGUUUGCAUAAUCAUAAGUGUAUAUAAAGUCAUCCUUUUAUUUAACCCAUUUUCUAAAAUUAUGUCCAGUUGUGGUCACAUCGUUAGAUGUAAUAUACCGUGGUUAGGUUUUAUGUUUGGUCAUUUGUUUUUAAAGUCCACCCAGUAGAUCUGAAAACUUUUAUAUGUAAAUUCAAAUUUUUGUUUCAGCAGGCAAUUUGUACCCAAAUUUGUGGCACAUGUACGUGUGAAGGUUCUGUCAUUUAAUGUGAUUUAAAGGACUAAUGAGCAGCUUUUGUCUUAUGAUUUUCAUCCAGACAUUACUGGUUUGCUGCUGGAUGCAUAGCUUGCCUCAGUGGAGGCACUGUAUGCAACAACCUCAAUUACUAACAAAAUACAAAGCAUAUCACUAUGCACAAGAGCUACAUUAUAUAUUCAUUCAUUGUAGUAUUUUCAUGGAAAUUUCUGAACAGUCUGACAGUUCUGGGGUGUUUAGAGAGGAUUCUAUGCAGUGUGAUUAGGGCAGCUCUGACACAUUUUUGUGAUGCAGCUGGAGCUGCUAAUGCAGCCUUAGCCACGCUCACAGGGUGCUUCAAUUGGCUCAGGGAUUUCAAGGUAUUGUGGUUUUGCUGUAGACAGUCGCAGCUGGCCUAGAUCUCUUAAUGAACAGUACUGUGAGUUUCUGUGGCCUAUCCAUCUGGCAGAACAGCUGCCAACCCCUCCUCACUCCAGCAUACGUACAAUCAGUAGACGCUAACGUCAGUACACACUGGCAUGUCCAAACAGCGUGCCUCCACGAUUUCUAGUGCACUUUUGAAUGCGAGAUAUAUCAGACGUGUUAAAACACAUACAAUGAAUGCAAGUAGAGCUGCAUCUUGCUUACACAAUGUGUUUCAUAACCAGCUGGAUAUAUUGUUUAUCUUGGCCUGUUUAAGGACCAUGGAAUUAGUGAAAAACAGUUACUACUUAAUGCUUUUAUAAACAUAUCAUGCCUGCAAAAAAAUAUUUAUAAUAAAAGUUAAGCAAAAUGGAGCUAAAUAAAUUUAAUUUUAGGUCAUUAAUAGGUGACCUCAUUUUCUAUGUGUAAACCUUUUUGUUUAGAUUUGGGUGUCCACUUAGGCUACACAUGUAAGUUUACACUAUUUGCAGAGUACAUCGAGAUAUGUAUUAUAUGAUAUAUAAUAUGUGUAUGUAUGUGUAGAUAUUUGAAAUAGUAUUUUGUAAAAGCCAAGAAUGCACACUCAACAUAAUCGGUUAGUGAGCAGUACUGUCACUUUAAGACAAGUAAGUAGAGUAGGCGGGGCAAAAAGUUGUUCCCAGAAUUAACCAAUCACACCAGCGUUGGUACC